UUCCGGCGCGAGGCCUCAGAUAAUCAUGGCGGCCCUUAGAACUUCAAUGUCGCUGUGGGGAUUCGUGAUAGGUUCUGGAGGCACGGAGCUGGCCUGUAUCCGGUCCCGAACCCAGCUUCAGCCGGAUGCUCUGUUCCAGCCGCUGCCUCUGCCCCUCGCGGUAGGGCUGCCUCGCCGUCGGCUCAGCUCUUCCGCCGCAGAAUCUGGUAUCUCACAGAUCAAGAAACCUACAUUUAUGGAUAAAGAAGUUCAAAGCAUCCUUAUCAAGAUGACAGGAUUGAACUUGGAGAAGAUUUUUAAGCCAGCUAUACAAAAGCUGAAGCCACCAACCUAUAAACUAAUGACCCAGGCACAGUUGGAAGAGGCUACCAGAAAGGCAGUUGAAGCAGCUAAAGUGCGAUUGAAAAUGCCACCAGUUCUGGAAGAACGAACACCAAUAAAUGAUGUGUUAGCAGAAGAUAAGAUUUUGGAAGGAAUGGAAACAGCCAAAUAUGUGUUUACUGAUAUAUCAUAUACCAUACCACAUCGGGAACGUUUUAUUGUGGUAAGAGAACCAAGUGGCACACUACGCAAAGCUUCUUGGGAAGAACGGGAUCGGAUGAUACAAAUUUAUUUCCCCAAAGAAGGUCGUAGGGUUUUACCACCAAUAAUUUUCAAGGAAGAAAACCUUAAGACCAUGUACAGUCAGGACCGGCAUGUUGAUGUCCUUAAUCUUUGUGUUGCCCAGUUUGAGCCAGAUUCUACUGAGUACAUCAAGGUUCAUCACCAGACCUAUGAAGAUAUCGAUAAACAUGGAAAAUAUGACCUUUUACGUUCAACAAGACACUUUGGUGGAAUGGCCUGGUAUUUUGUAAAUAAGAAAAGGAUUGAUGGUUUGCUCAUUGACCAGAUUCAGAGAGAUUUAGCUGAUGAUGCCACCAGCUUGGUCCAGCUGUAUCACAUGCUCCAUCCAGAUGGCCCAUCAGCUCAAGAGGCCAGAGAGCAGGCUGCUGAGGGAAUAAAUUUAAUUAAGGUCUUUGCAAAAACAGAAGCACAGAGGGGUGCAUAUGUAGAAUUAACACUUCAAACUUAUCAAGAAGCAUUCAUUAGCCAUUCUGCGGCUUCCUGAAAAUACUUUAAAGUUAUAUUUUGUUUUAUAAAAACUGCGUACUUGUCUCCUUUACAGUGAAUGUUUAAGUUUAAAAAUGUCAGAAUUAAAAGUACUGAUUUGUAAUUUUCUAUAACAACUUUGCUUUUAAAAUUUCAGAUUGUGUCUCUGACAAAAAAAUACAAAGAAUAACUUGUUACCCAACUCACUUUUCUAGGCUGCCAGGGAAUGAAUAUUUCUGAAUACCUGAUUAUGAAUUUCUCUGAUGAUGUUAGACAAGUGCAAAGUUAAGAAAAAGAAUAAAAGUCUGCCUUUUCUGUGGUAUCAAACCAGGUAUCACUUAAUUGGUAAUACAGAUGCAGCCUGGCUUUCUGAGAUCAGAAUAGGGGUUGUAGGUAUAUAAUAGUUACAGUCAUCAUUGGGUUCUUGUACCUUUACAUGACAUAUCUUGGUUCUUA